AUGAAGUUCUUGUUGACGGGGCUGACCGCCCUUGCCGCUCUCUCCUCUUCCGCCAACGCCCUCUACUUCUAUCUCGAUGGCACAACACCCAAAUGCUUCUACGAGGAACUGCCUAAGGACACUUUAGUCGUUGGUCCCUACAAAGCAGAAGCUUUCAACUCCCAGACCCGCAGUUUCGCACCCUCCCCAGACCUGCAUAUCAGUGUCACGGUGGACGAGACAUUUGACAACGACCACCGUGUCGUAAACCAGAAGACCACCUCCUCCGAUAGACACUCCAAAUUUACCUUCUCCGCCGCAGAUGCCGGCGAUCACAGGAUAUGCUUCACACCGUCGGGGCCCGCGGCAGUCAGUGUUGGUGGCUGGUUCACUCAUGCUGGUGUGACAGGCGGAGGCGUUAAACUUUACAUCGAUAUGGCCAUUGGGGAGACCAGCAAGAUCCAGAGCGAGGACCAGGGCAAAAUCGACAACAUCGUGACCAAAGUCAAGGAGCUGAACGGCCGACUUGCCGACAUCAGGAGAGAACAGAUCUUCCAGCGGGAACGAGAAGCCGAGUUCCGCGACCAGAGCGAAACUACCAAUUCUAAGAUCGUGCGCUGGACGCUCAUUCAGUUGACCGUGCUGGGCGUGACAUGUGCAUGGCAACUGUCGCAUUUGCGAUCCUUCUUUAUCAAGCAGAAGUUGACAUAA